AUUUUCUGAAGAAAAGAACAGAUAUUUCUUUUACAGCAACUCCUCCACACACAAAGUUAGAUAAAGAUGGAGAGCUCCUAUGUGGUGAAGGGGAUGGACAUUACUGUCUGCCCUCUUCUGACUAUAUUGCUCAUCCUUUGGCUUUGUUUUGUGGUACAAAGGGAGCAGGUUCUGGUCACCUACUACACAAAUCUCUUACUCUCCAAUCUAAUCCAGUUCGGUGUAAUGAUCUUUUGGAAGUCAAUAAUGUUCCAUGAAUAUUACACUACUGGUAUUAUUUUUGAUAGUAUUUACCUCUUUGGUGUGAUGGCUAAUCUUGAGUUCAAGAUGUGCAUUGCUGCUGAAAGGUGUUUCCUCAUCACCUGCCCACAGCUGAACUGCAUCAGACAAACUAAAGGUUCUUUGCUGGUCUCUGUUCUGGUCUGGAUCCUUUGUGUUAUCACUGCAUCUCUUUGCAUAGUUUUGAACCAGCAUUUUCUCAUCACUAUUUUGGUCUUCAACCUCUCACCUUUGUUCAUCCUCAGUUUUGCUUGGACCCUCAGAGCUCUUCCUUCUGCCACCUCAGUGCCCACAGACGAAAAACGAAGAGUUUUAGGAACUUUAGUUGUGUUGCUGCUUAACCACUUUCUCAUGAUCUUUCCCAUGGCCGUUUGUUAUACUUUAAUAUUUAAAUAUUGCACUGACUUUCCGUAUAGUGUUAUCAGCUUAUUUCUGCUCAGUCCUUUUAUGGACUUGGUUCUGUUUGUUUUCAUUCGUAAAGGGCCCAUUGAUAGAUUGCUGGCACGUCUGUGUUGCUGCGGUAUGGACAACACUGUAGGAAAUCUCAGUGUGACACCAACAGUGACAACGCCAGUGUGAU